AUGUCCCUGCUCUUCUGGCCAAUGCUCUUCCUCCUCAUCACAGGCUACCUACUACCUUUCUCCGAAGACGCAACAGGCGGCAAUCACAACCUCCAUUACCUUUCUCCUGAAGCUCGACGAAGCAUUACUCCCUUCGGCAGUAUUACGAACAUACCCAAUCGCCAUACACCUUUGGGAGUGGCCGAUUCGAAGGAGAUGUACACCCUCUAUGUUCCAGGUGCAGGCUUUCUCUGGAGCGACGAAAUGGUGUGGGCACAGAGUGGACCAUGUUCAGAGGAGUAUGAAGUGGAGGGCUCGGAAAGGGUGUUUUUUGAGGAUCGUUUUGCGGAGAGGUAUCCUUGGAUUGUGGAGGUGAAGAAUCCGCUAGAGAGGAAGAAGAAGACUAAGAAAAGCCGGUCGAAAGUUGGGGUUAUUAAGUCAGGAAGUGAGGUGCAGAUCAAGAGUUGGACGAGUAACGAUUACCUCUGCCUCAUUCCUGGCGAACGAGUCACGAGUGAAGCUGGAUACUUUCCUGCCGACGAAGGCGAUGUGGAAGAAUCCACACAAGACACAAAGUCAGGAAGAACAGAAUUGCAGAGAAUCCGAGUUGGUAACCUUCCCACCCCCUGCGACUGGACUAUCUACUACGAUCCAUCCGAUGACAGCGGUGUCGUCUUCUACAAUUCAGACUACUCUUGUCGCUUAGCAACGACCUUUCGCUCCCUGUCCAACGAAGUCGCCACCAACGACACAGUCCAGCGGACUCUAAGAUCCGAAAUCGAAGCGAGCUGUACCGUCAACGCAAACGAUGCGAGUUCGAGUUUCCAUCUCAUCGAUGUUAGCCCAGUGACCAACCGACCUUCUUCACGCAAGGCACUCGCAAACCAUGGACCGUCCUUCCCGCAGCGAAGCUGGAUCGUCGUACGAGCACGGAAUGCUGUGAGCCAGUUCAGAAAUCGGUUUGCCGACAACAGCACCCCUAUGCCUCAGCUUGAGCGGCGGAAUUCUUCGUCUCAGCUCAACGAGUUCUUUGCGGUUACGGGUAUCGUCGGUCUACAUGGAUUGAUGGACUUUCUGUCGUUGUUUUUGGCUCCACGAAAUUGCAGUCGAUAG